AUGGCGGACCCGUCCAUCACUCUGGACCGCAACUUUGCUGCAGCCCCUUCCACCACCAGAGGCCAAGCCGUUCAGCUCUCUGCCGAUCCCAAAGGCCAGCGAAUAGCCUACGCGUCUGGCAAGUCCAUCUUUGUUCGGUCCAUCGACAGCCCUGCCGAGAGCGCCGAGUACACCGGCCAUGUCGCCGUCACGACCGUCGCCCGGUUCUCACCCAACGGAGUCAAAAUCGCCAGUGGUGACGCAAACGGCCUUGUCCACAUUUGGGAACCCGACAACAUUGACAGAAAGCUUGGCGAAUUCACCAUCCUUGCCGGACGUCUGAACGACGUCGCCUGGGACGGGGACUCUCAACGCGUCGUUGCUGUCGGCAAUGGCAAGACCACCUUUGGACGCUGCAUCACCGCCGACAGCGGCAACUCGGUCGGGGAAAUCAGCGGACACUCGAAAUCAGUCAAUGCCGUCGCCAUGAAGCUCCAACGUCCCUUUCGCGCCGCGACUGUUGGCGAUGACGGCAACAUGGUCUUCUACCACGGCGCGCCGUACAAGAUGAACGGCAAGUCGAAUCUGCACAAGGGGCUGGUCCUGGGAGCAGCGUACUCUCCUGAUGGGUCCCGCUUGGCCACAGUCGGAGGCGACAAGAUCAUACGACUGUACGACGGAACGACUGGCCAGCACGAAAGAGACGUCGGCGAGGGCGAGCACAAGGGCAGUAUUUAUGCUCUCUCUUGGUCCCACGACGGCAACAAGUUUGCCACCGCGAGUGCGGAUCGCACGGUGCGGUUGUGGGAUGCCCAGGCCGGAGCCGUCAUCCAAUCCUGGGAGUUUGGCGACGGGGUAAGCGUCCGUGAUCAGCAGCUCGGCGUCGUGAUUCCGCAUGGCCGAAGCGACGGUCUGAUCAUCAGCAUCAACCUCGCUGGCGAACUGAUCUACAUGAGGGAGGGCCAAAAAGAGCCGGUGAGAAUUCUCCAAGGCCAUGCCAGGAGCAUCACAGCUCUGGCCGAUUCCUCCGUCAGGCAAGGAAGCUGUCUCUGGACCGGCAGCUUCGAGGGCCGCGUGUGCCACUGGGACGUGGAGGCCGGCGCGGCCCGCAUGGUCGACGGGGAGCCUCACAAGAACCAAGUCGUCCAGAUCACCAGCCUCGACGGCAGAGUCUUCACCACCAGCUGGGACGACACCGUCAAGACUGCGGACGAAUCGGCUGCGGCUUUUGUUGGCGGCUCUAUCCAGCUUCCGGCGCAACCGAAAGGCAUCAGCGCGUCCAACGGAACCGUUUUUGUGGCCACAGUCUCGUCCAUUGCGGCGUACGCCGACGGGAAACUGCUGAGGGACACGAAGCUCGACUACGCCCCGACUUGCAUUGCGGCUCGUGGGCCUUUCGUGGCCGUGGGAGCUGACGGAAGCUCGGUCAAGGUCUACAAAGCUGCUCCCAACGGUGUCUUGGACGAGGUCAAGACCUUGACUGCGGCCUCGGGAACGACUUCUGCUCUGGCGUUUUCAAGAGACGCAUCGCAUCUGGCUGCGGGAAACAGCGUCGGCAAAAUCUAUGCUUACGACACCGCGACGUGGCAGGUAGUGGCGGACCGAUGGACCGCGCACACAGGACGAGUGACGUGCAUUGCCUGGGACGAAGCCGGCGCCCAUGUGGCAAGUGGGAGCUUGGACACGCACAUCUACGUGUGGUGCUUGGACAAGAAGCUGCAGGGAAAGCGGAUACAGGCUGCCAGCGCGCACAAGGAGGGAGUCAAUGGCAUCACCUGGCUGCGAAACGACCGCAUUGCGAGCGCGGGGACUGACGCGACGGUCAAGAUAUGGAAUGUCAAGCAUCUGCCAUGA